CCUGAAAGCCGGAAGCGGUGUAUGUCGUGGAGAACAAUCAACACUGUCAUGUUUUGAUCCUCAUUACUUUGAUUUCAUGUAAAUAACAAGUUGUUUUCAAUGAAUGUGUGGGAAGGAGGCAAUCAUGAGGUGCAUCAAGAGAUCAUCUUCCCAGGAUGCUAAUGUGCAAAAGUUUAUUCUUGAAGACAAUGAACCCCGUCCUAGUCCAUGCAAGAAUGAACUGUUAGUUCAGGUGAAAGCCUGUGGCUUGUCACUCAUAAAUCAUAAGAACUUGAGUGAGAUUUUCAAGAAGGAGAUACGAGAAUCAUAUCCAGUAGGCCAGGAUAUAGCAGGGAUAGUUACAGAGAUAGGUGAGGGGGUCACAAGCUACAAGCCAGGUGAUGCCAUUGUUGGUAUUCUGCCAUUGGACAGCCUGUACUCAGGAUGUGGGGAGUUCUGUUGCAUCAGUGAGUACGAUGUGGUAAAGAAGCCAUCUCAGCUCGCCUUUGAAGAUGCAGCUGCAGCUGUUGGUGACUGUGUCAGUGCAUACACUGCGCUGCACUACCAUGCUAAAGUGUGUGCAGGUGAUACACUACUGGUUAUAGGGGGUGCUACUGCUGCUGGCAAUGUAUUGGUUCAGCUUGGACAACGCUGGGGAGCAAAGGUGCUUGCAACAUACAAUACUCAGGCAGAGAGGCAGCACCUGGAGGGAAUCCAGCCCCCAAUAGCCCAGGUGAUUGAGCUCAACAAACGAAACAACAUCUUGGUAAGCAGUGUGAAGGAGGAGACAGGAGGCGUUGGAGUGGACUGUAUAGUGGAUGAUGGGGUCUGCUUGUUUACGACAGAGGAGGACAAAGCUUUAGUUGGAGAAAACUACAAAUUUCCAGUUCCUCACAAGUAUGACAUCAUUUCUUGUCUGGGAUUUGCUGGGAAGUGGAUCACCACACAACCAGAUCUUCAGCUGGAUCCCCCAGACUGUCAACAGCUGCUCCUCCGUGGCGCUAGCGUCAGCUUCCUGUUUCCCCCUGCCUGGACAAUGGCCAGUGUGCAACAGGGCAGAUAUCAGCAUAUAUUAUUGGAUGUUGUAGAUAAACUAGACAAGGGAACAAUCAAGUGUAAGAUUGCCCGACUUGUGACCAUGGAUGAUGUAAUGGAAAGUCUCAAGACACUGGACGAGGUUCGAGUUGGCAAAGUUGUGCUCAAGUUUUAACUAUGGGUUGUCAAUAACAGUAAUGUACACAGACAAAACAGUUGCACAUUGCUGCAAGACAACUGCAGGAACAUAAUCAGCGGUGAGGAGGUGAAAGCUAAACUGUUAAUGGUUUUCAUGAAAGUCAAUAUCAUGGAGAACAUGCAGGAUGUAAUGUGUAAAGAUGGCAACCAAUUAGAUACGUUCAUGUGGUUACCUUGCCCGGAUACUCCAAGCAAGAGAUGACUCUCCACAAAAACAAAUCUCCUUUCCACCAGUUGGAAGUCCUACAGUUUAGAAGAAGACAAGCAAUUUGAAUUGCUUCCACAACUGUUAUCUUCAGUGCAAUUUGGACAUGUUUUUUUUCCAUUCAAACUUAACAUGAAUAAAAUCGUUUCAUUAUAUCAUUGAAUCAAA